AUGAAGAAGCCACACCUGAUGGUGAAGCUACAAGAUGAGGUGAGGGGUAUUGUACCCCAACGACAAGAAAUUAUCUGUGAAACCGACAUGAACAACAUGACGUACCUAAGAGCAGUCAUAAAAGAGUCGCUCCGGUUACAUCCUCUUGCUCCUCUCCUUGCUCCGCACCUUGCCAUGGCUGACUGCAUCAUCGAUGGAUACACGGUUCCUGCUGGGAUGCGUGUGGUCGUCAAUGCAUGGGCCAUUGGUAGGGAUCCGAGCUCCUGGGAGUAUGCGGAAGAGUUCAUUCCUGAAAGAUUUACAGAUGAAGGUAGCAGUAUGCAUGUCAACUUCAAGGGUAAUGAUUUCCAGUUCUUGCCGUUCGGAGCAAGGCGGAGGAUGUGCCCUGGUAUGAACCUCGGGGUCGCGAAUGCGGAGCUUAUGUUGGCAGACAUUGUGUGCCAUUUUGACUGGGAACUUCCGCCUGGGGUUGAGAGAAAAGAUAUUGAUAUGACAGAGGUGUUUGGGCUAACCGUCCGUCGGAAGGAGAAACUACUGUUGAUUCCAAAAUCACGCAUGUAG